AUGGCACUUGCUUUACAACUACCCUUUCAACCAGAGGCCAAUACAAACGACGAACCCACACCAUAUCUCGGAAGCAGUCCGACCAAACCGUGUAGUCCACGUGUAUUCUGGAAGGAGAAUGAAAAUAACUUCCCAGUACUCGCCCGCCUUGUCCGAGAUGUUCUUACUGUUCCUGCCACUGGUUCAGGUGUGGAACGACUGUUCAACUCAGCUCGUGAUAUCUGCCAUUACUGCCGAGGGUCUUUAAAGUCAAGAACAAUCCAGGACCUAGUGAUAUUUAUGUGUACAUCUAGGCUUGAGAUUGAAUCUGAACAGCUUGCCCUGUUAGAAGAGUAUAUCUCCACACAAGAGAUUCAGACGCGGACUGAGGAAAAUGCUGCUAAUAAAGCAGCUCCUAUGGUUGAUAUGGAGGAAGAGGAAGAUGAAGAUGAAGAAGGAAAUGAAGAGGAUGAGAUUCCCUUGCCUGAUAAUACCCGCCUGCAUGACCAGAACAGUACUCAAAGGCGCAAGUCAGGGCGAGUUACAAAGCGCUCCAAACAGGAUGAUAGCCAAUGGGAGUAUCUGAUGCCACAGAUAGAGCAAAUAGAUAACUAA